AUGAUGAUAGGAGCUUGCAAUUUCUCAGAGUUUUCGCCCCUCCUCAAGGAUGGCUACAACCCUCUCCUUAAAGGCAGCAAUCAGCCUCGAAUCCCCUUUAUCAUCCAUAUCGACAGCCAGGGAACUCUCCAAACAGAGCAGGACAGCAUACCGAUACUUCUGCCCCAUAAAGUGCCCCAACCUCUCUCUUGCAUUUUUUACUAGUGUCUGUUGAAUGAUACUUGGCGUGGUCUUCGCCGUCGGGUCAAUAAGUUUGAGCGUGAGCUGCCAAAGACCGAGCUCUAGGAGCAAGACUCCGAAGGCAUAUAUGUCGUGGAUCUUUCCGAACGCCUCUGUGGGCAAACCUUGGCGGGCUGGAUGGCGGUAUAGAUCCCAAUGGACAUUCGAAACCUCCCCACCGGGACGUGCAUAUUCGAAGCCGCAGAGAUAAGGCGAAUCGAAGUCUAAUCCUUGAUGUUCUUGGCGAAAAAAACAAUAUAUUCUUGGAGUUGAUGCUUUUAUGAACCCAACCUACGAGGAACCAUUCUAUCAACGUGUAGCCGAUGUCGUGUGCUAUGGCGAACCGUUGGCCCAAAGUCGGUCGCGACCGUCCCGUCAAGGAACCGAUGGCGGUAUGGAGGCUCAUCGGCUCCGGCUUACGGUCCUGGGGAAGCGCAAAUGCUAGACCAUAUCGGCACUCUCCAGCCUCACGGAAGAAGCCGAGACAACGGAGUGUAAAGUUGUUUGAUUUGGUCGGCUCAUCGUGACGGCACUCGACACCUAGGAGUUUGGAUAAGAGCUGGAUCCUCGCCUUUGCUACUUCCGGGUUACUGGUACCUUGUUGGGGUUCUGGAUCGUGUUUAUACUCGAUCAAGACAUUUUGGUUGUUGUAUUUACCGUUCCUUAAGUCGCCCUCCCCAACCAGGGAGACAGCGCUCGUUGGGAACCUGGAAUGUCCUUGCGGCGUAUUGGUGAUUAGCUUCGGGUCGAGUUCGACCGUCUCGCCCUGCGAGGGAUCAAGGAUAAACAUGCGAGUCGUGGUGAUCUUGGACAUUCCAAGGGUUCUAGCAUCCUUUCCCUGGAAAUCUCGGAGUUCGUCCAAAUUCAACGAGAAGGCAUCCCGGGUGAAAAGUGUCAGCUUCAUAACCUCCAUCAACCUCCCCACCCAAUCUCCGUGGUCUCGGGCUAAAGAUUCAAGCUUCUCUCUGUUGGACAGCGCCCACUUCAGGCUCGCGAACUUUUGGGAAAAUUGAGCACGAGGAAAGCGCCAGCUACUCCAAGCGCAUUUUUUUUCAUGCACAACUGGAUUCGUUGGUCCCGGGGUUUCGAUCGACUCUAAGGGGACCACCUUGGGUUCUUCUGCUUCCUUUUGUCUUUCGGAACUUCCAAUGCCAAUUUCCCACCAUUUGUCAACCCCC